GUAUAAGUGUGUUGUAUGGUCGGCAGCGGCGCGGAGGUGACGGACUGCGGGCGGUACCUGAUCGUGUCGCCGGUGCGGGACUGCCGCGACAACCUGCUGUUCUACGCGGACCUCAGCAAGCACCCCAACAUCGACGGCCUGCUGCCGCUCACGCAGAUCGUGCACAAGUUCGAGGCCGAUUAUGAGUACGUCACAAAUGAAGGCUCAGUGUGCAUAUUCCGCACGAACAGAAACGCUCCCAACUACAGACUGAUCAAGAUAGACCUGCACAAUCCCGCGGAAGAGAAUUGGGAGACUCUUAUACCGGAACACCAAAGUGACGUGCUGGACUGGGCGUCGGCUGUCGACCACGAUAAAUUAGUGAUACAUUACAUUAGAGAUGUUAAGAGCGUGUUACAACUGCAUAGCAUGAAGACCGGCGAAUUGCUGCAGUCGUUCCACUUGGACGUGGGCUCGGUGGUCGGCUUCUCCGGCAAGAAGGACCAGACGGAGAUAUUCUACCACUUCAUGUCGUUCCUCACGCCCGGCGUCAUAUACCACGUCGACUUCACCAAACAACCUUACUCUCCUACGAUAUUCAGAGAGGUGAAAGUGAAGGAUUUCGACGCAUCACAAUACGAGGCUAAACAAGUUUUCUACUCAAGCAAAGAUGGCACCAAAGUUCCUAUGUUUAUUGUAUCUAAAAG